CACGCCGCCUCCGCUGCGCCGGGGGCUGGUGGGCCCGGGUCGGGGCAUCCGCGCACCGCCAGACGGAGCCGCCCGGCCGGAGGGAGAGACGCUGCGGCCGUGGGCUAUUUUAUUCCAAAGCCACUGUGGAAUCCUCAUCUUUCAGACUUUCCGUGGUGGAGUCGGUUGAGCCAAAAUUUUAUCAGACUUAUCUGUUCUGGGGCUUGUCAUCUCUGUCUGACAGAUACAUUUUGGAUUACGACAAUAAUAAGUUUGUAACAAACGGUGCAAUGUCAGCUGUAGAACAGCAACAGGCAGAACCUUCUCCAUCAUCCAAUUCAUCCAGUUCCUUUGAAGUAGUGGAGGCAGAUAUUGCAAAUAAGUAUGAGGCAGUUGUUCCUCACUGGUUUUACUGCAAAGUAAUAGAUUCUAGAGAGAGGUGGAUCCCUUUCAGUCGACAAGACUCGGAGAAGUUAGAAGAGGCCCACAACUCAAGGAAAGACGAUGAACAGCUGGUUGUUCCAACGGAAGGGGGCAGGUAUGACGUGCAUUUGAAGAAGAGGCUGCGCUGUGCCAUGUAUUGGGAGGAAGAGGUAUCUGAAGUGAGACGCUGCACCUGGUUUUACAAGGGAGACAAGGACAACAAGUAUAUUCCCUACUCGGAGAGCUUCAGCGAAGAGUUGGAGGAAACUUACAUGAUUGCCAUAACUCUGGACGAGUGGAAAAAGAAACUUGAGUCCCCUACUAGAGAAAUCAUUAUAUUGCAUAACCCAAAGCUGAUGGUGCACUACCAUCCAGUGACAUCCUCUGAUGACUGGGGCGCAACCCCUACAGAACAAGGUCGACCAAGAACUGUUAAGAGAGGAGUGGAGAACAUCUCCGCUGACAUCCCCUGCGGGGAGCCUCUGCAAAUAGAUCACUUGGUUUUUGUAGUUCAUGGAAUUGGGCCAGCAUGUGAUAUCCGGUUCCGGUCCAUCGUCCAAUGUGUGAACGACUUCCGUAACGUUUCCUUGAGCAUGCUGCAAACACACUUCAAGAAAGCCCAGGAGCAGCAACAAAUUGGCCGGGUAGAGUUCUUGCCUGUGAACUGGCACAGCCCUUUGCAUUCUACGGGGGUGGACGUCGAUUUGGAGCGAAUUACCUUGCCGAGCAUCAACCGCCUGCGGCACUUCAUAAACGACACCAUACUGGAUGUUUUCUUCUACAACAGCUCCACCUACUGCCAGACCAUAGUGGAUACUGUUGCUUCAGAAAUGAACCGUCUGUAUCUGCUCUUCCUGCAGAGGAACCCUGACUUUAAAGGGGGUGUUUCCAUUGCGGGCCAUAGCUUAGGGUCGCUGAUAUUGUUUGAUCUCCUAACAAAUCAGAAAGAUUCCUCUGAGGAUGAAGACGGCAAUAAAGAGGGAUCCCAGAUGGGUGCCUAUGAACAGGGAGACAUUGGGGGAGUGAAAGAAAUCCUGAAGAAGCUUGAGCUGUCUGAGUACUACAGCUUCUUUGAGAAGGAGAGAAUGGACACGCAAGCACUGGCUCUGUGUACGGAGAAGGAUCUUAAAGACAUGGGAAUUCCCUUGGGACCAAGAACAAAGAUCCUUCAUUACGUAAGAACCAAAGACGAAACACAGGAUGCUCGGCAGCAGGCCCAGGUCCCUGCUGGGAAUGAUGACGAGAGCGAAGAUGCUCCCAAACCUGAGUCAGGGUCAUCCCCGCAUCUGAGCACCCGGAGCAGCAGCACUAAUGGUGGGGGGAAGUGUCAAUAUUUGGAUGUCGGGCUAGGACAGGUCUCAGCAAAUUACCCUCAGCUAAUCUACAAACCUGACAUCUUCUUUGCUUUUGGGUCUCCCAUUGGGAUGUUUCUCACUGUACGAGGUGUGAAAAGGAUCGAUCCAACCUACAGCCUUCCUACCUGCAAAGGCUUCUUCAAUAUCUUCCAUCCUUUUGACCCGGUGGCAUACAGGAUUGAGCCCAUGAUCGUUCCAGACCUGGAGUUCGAGCCCAUGCUGCUCCCUCAUCACAAGGGCAGGAAGAGAAUGCAUUUAGAACUGAAAGAGGGCCUGACCCGCAUGGGUAUGGAUCUCAAGAACAACCUGCUGGGGUCACUGAGGAUAGCCUGGCAGUCUUUCACCAGAUCCCCACUGCUGGCCGUGGAAGCAGCAGCCACUGAAAACGAAGCUGAAACUAGUUUGGAGAAACAGACAGUCCAUUCAGAUGCGAAGCCCGAAGAGCCUGCUGCUACAGGGAAGGAAGACGCCUCUUCUAUUAAUGUGGGAAUGUUAAAUGGAGGGCACCGGAUUGACUACGUGCUGCAAGAGAAGCCUAUCGAGAGUUUUAAUGAAUAUUUAUUUGCACUACAAGGCCAUCUCUGCUACUGGGAGUCCGAAGAUACUGUUCUCUUGAUUCUGAAAGAGAUCUACCAAACACAGGGCAUUACAUUAGAUCAGCCUCUACAAUGAAGUCAGAUGACCAGCUGCACUGUUCUGGCGACAUGAUAUGCACACCAAGUGACUACUAACCUGGAAAGCCCGGAGUUUCCUCUGCCUUCCUAUCCUCUGCUGCUACUGUAUCCUGCAUGCUGCUUCCCACGUACCUGCUGCUGCCUGGAGCACUGGGAGAUUUUUCUCAUUUUUUGGGGGGAAAAUCAAGGCAACACACUCUUCUCCUAAAAUACCCACUAUGGAUUUGUCCCUGUACCCAUUGACACACCCAUGGGAUCAUUCACUCCAACACCAUUCCCCUUGGUGUCCACCCACAGCGUGGUCUCACUGUAUUAGGGGCAAAAAGUGUUUGCUAUGGAAGCAGGUGGGAAUUGGUCUCCUAAGCUCCUUGCUUUAUACUAGCUGAAGUCAGGACAGGUGUUUGCACCAGAUCAUGAAGAUGUCUGGUUGCUGCUUAUUUACUAUUAACAGAACUAACUCAAGGCUUAGGAAUAAACCCAAGUAUGGCUUCAUGUCAGAGUUCAGGCUGCCUGGCCAAUUGCAGUUUAUUUCUAACACAGACCCAGAGCCCUGGGCUACUUGAGGCUGGCACAUCAAUGAAGGGAUGAAGCCUGAACCAGCCUGGAUUCUAGCUCUAAUUCCAUUCUCCUUCACAGGCAAAACCCCUCUGCAGUAGGAGUGGGAUCUGUCCAAGGAAGAGGGGCUUAAGCCCUCUAACUAGUGGGAGAAGCUGUGCAAUAACUGCAGCAGGGGGCUGAGGACAGACCAACUCCAUGUCCGGUUCCUUAGCAAAGCAUUCAAUCUGGAUUCAGUCAAGACCUCAUUAGAAGGAUGAAUAGCUGUGGUGGUAGAGACUUUCAGUGCAAUUCAUGGGCCAAACGCUCUCCUUCACCACACCCAUUCCACACUGCUGAGUUCAAAGUGGCUACAUUGGUACAACUGAGGGGAGCAUCUGGCACCAUCAACCAACCUCUACUAUGUAAAUAAACAGGUGCUGUGACACUAGAUCCACGUUCACAAAAUGUGGAUGACCCUGCUGGUGAACCCAUAGCAACCUUUUGUACACAGCCAUGUCUUAUGCUGUAUUAACCAGGAGCUGCUGAACGAUUGCUGUUAGAAGCACUGUAAAGGUAACUUAUGGGGCAGAGAUACUAAAAUGAUAAAUCCCUUGUAACCAAAGAUGUACAGGGUAAACAACGGACUAAACUAACCCCUUAGCGUGUGGAUUCCUUUGAGCAAGGGAGAGCAAAUGCUGUGAGGGUGUGAGAUAGUGUCUCUGGCCGGGGGUCUGGAAGUGGCCACUCCCACGUUCCCCCUCCUGCUGUACAGUGCAAUAGGCCUUUUCCUAGUGCAAUGAGCUUGUUUGUUUUUCUUCUGUGUAUUAUUUGCACUAUUUAAAUGCAUUUUGUAUUCCCCAACCCUGCCCCCUCCAAAAGAACUAAGAGAAGCUGUAUUCACAUCUGACUGUGGGCAGUGAUGUUCUGCACAGCUAAGCUCCUGGAUUCCUAUCACAUCUCCUGGAGGUAUGUAAGAAGGAACUGUUUAUAACAGGACACAGUCAUGAUCAGCUCUCCAAGUUAUGCACUUUGGGUAAAAAAUUUAAAUGCAUUUAAAAUUAUUUAAUGUCUUUUUCCAGUCAAUACAAAAGUAAAUCUA